GUUCAGUCACGCCGCGGCCCCUUUAAGCGUUGCCGGGGCGACAGUGUUUGUGUGCGUGUUCAGGUUCUGUUCGGCGCAUGCGCGCGAAAGAGUCGUUCGGCGAAUCAAACAUUUGGUGACUUUGUCGUUUGCAAUGGCGCAUUACAGACCGGUGUCCGAGUCGAAGCGAGAGCAGUUCAGGCGAUAUCUGGAGAAAGCCGGUGUCCUCAAUAGUCUCACCAACGUCUUGGUGGCUUUGUAUGAGGAACAGGAGAAACCCAACAAUGCCUUGGACUUCAUCAAGCAUCACCUGGGCGCUGGACCCGAGGCCGACGACGCCGAGAGUCUGCGCCUGGAGCUGAGCCAUUUACAACAGAAAUACGAUCAGGUGAUGGAGGAAAACAAAGAGCUGAGGAACAGGCUGCUGCAGUACGAGCCGGCGCAGGACGUGGGAACAGAAUAACACGACUGCCGCUUCACAUUUUCACAUAUUUCUUCACAUCAGUAGAAUUCUUUGAGUUUGUUUGUUUUGUAGUAAAUGUCCAAGAAGUGAAUUCUUUUUUGUUGCUGUUCAGCCAAAUUGUGCCUGAUAUUUAAUUAAAGCAUUUUUUGCACUGUU